CGCACAGGUGGCUGAAUACUUCGACAGGUAACUUAGGUCGCUGUCCUGACCUGAACAGGUAACGUAUUGUAACAGCGUGGCUUAAAUGAGUAGCCUAAAUGACAGGAAUUAUUUAUGGAAAAUAGACUUGAAGUCGUUUAAUUGAAUUACACAAUUGUCGAUUGUAGAAACUGUAAUUUCACAUCACACGUAACGAAUUUCGAUGAUUUCUGAACUGGUCUGAUAAUGAUUACUUUAUGAACAUUUUUAUUCCCCAGAGCUUCACAUAGAACUGCCUGUACCUGUACAAAUGGCAACCCGAGGAAGUGUGAAACCCUUUGUGAACUUCAAUGCAAAGCAUGAUGCAGAAGUUUUGCGCAAGGCCAUGAAAGGGAUCGGCACUGAUGAAGAUGCCAUCCUCAUGUUAUUGGCAGCUCGCAGUAAUGCACAGAGACAGGAAAUAAAAGCAGCCUAUAAAAAGGCUUUUAGCAAGGAUCUAGUGAAAGACUUAAGGUCAGAGCUUGGAGGGAAGUUAGAGGAUCUAAUUGUGGCCCUCAUGUUUCCAUCCACAAUAUAUGAUGCUCAUGAACUCCAUAAGGCCAUCAAGGGAGUGGGCACGGAGGACAAAGUUUUAAUUGAGAUCCUGGCAUCUAGGACAUGUGAUGAGAUGAAAGAUAUUGCCAAAGCUUACAAGAAAGAAUAUGGAAGCAAGCUGGAAAAAGACAUCAUGGGUGAUACGUCAGGACAUUACCAGAGGUUGCUGGUGAUACUUGCACAGGGAAACAAGGAGGAGGGAGUGGAUGAGAGCAGAGUGGAGAAAGAUGCAAAGGAGCUGUUUGCUGCUGGAGAGGAGAAAUUCGGCACGGAUGAGGACAAGUUCAUCAACAUACUCGGCAACAGGAGCGCGGAACACCUGAGAAAAGUGUUUGAUGCCUACAAAAAGAUUGCCGGCUGUGACAUUGAAGAGAGCAUAAAAGAUGAGUGCACUGGGAACCUGGAAGCACUGCUGCUGGCUGUGGUUAAAUGUGCAAAAAGUGUGACUGGUUAUUUUGCUGAAUUGGUUCGAGAGUCUAUGCGGUGUGCCGGCACUGAUGAUGAGACUCUCAUAAGGAUCAUGGUGUCCAGGAGUGAACGGGAUAUGCUGGACGUCAGAGCAGUAUACAAGAAGAUGUAUGGAGAAUCACUCUAUAGCACCAUAAAGGAAGACACCGAAGGAGAUUACCAGAAGGCCCUGCUCUACCUUUGUGGUGGUAAUGAUUAGAAAGAGUAUUUUGUGCUACUGUAAUUAUUUACAUCA